AUGGAAGAUGACCAUGGGGAUGAGUAUCCUCAUCAUCAUACACUUCCUAGGCGCGAUCAUUCUCCAGAUUGGCAGCAUGACACAGGUCAUGAUCCUUACGCUGAUCCAUAUUAUGGUUACGGGAGAGACUCCUACGGAAAUCCCCCUUACAGAAGACAGCCACCACCUCAACCACCACCUGUACCUCUACCUCCACAAACAGAGUCCAAAACAGAUAAGCCGACCAAAAGUAGCUUUCACUUUUCUAGUCCCGAAUCCAUCUUCUCUAAAUUUCUACGUAGUGGCGGUACGGGUACUGGUGACGAAGACGUCUUCUCGGACUUCGGCGGCGGCUCCUCAGACUUCGGUACCCGGCCUAACGAGGACACUUCCAGAGGUCGAGAGAGAUCACGAAGUCCAGAAAUUACUGUCGUCGAAAGACCUCUAUCUUUGACGUUGGAGGAUUUGUUCAACGGCACAAGCAGAAAGAUGAAGAUCAAGCGAAAAGUUUUCGACCCUGCAACUGGGGAGACUAAGACGGAAGAUCGCAUUCUGGAGGUACUGAUCAAAAAGGGACUCAAAGCGGGCUCGAAAAUCAAAUUCUCCGAUGUAGGGGAUCAAACUGAGGGUAGUAGGCAAGACCUACACUUCAUACUAUCUGAGAAAGUACACCCGCUCUUCAGGAGGUACGGUCACGACCUUCACUACUCAGUCACUCUUAGCUUGAAAGAAGCACUUUGUGGGUUCAAACGUAACAUUAUGACGAUAGAUGGGAAGUCCGUUCCUCUCAGUCGCCCGGGACCCAUACAACCUGACUUCAAGGAACAUUUCCCCGGAUUGGGAAUGCCCGUGUCCCAGAAACCGGACGAGCGCGGCGAUUUGGUCGUAGGAUUCAAGAUCAAACACCCACAGUCUCUCACCGCCAGGCAGAAGAAGGUCUUAAACAGGGUGUUCACCAACAUUGAGAGCGGGAAACCGAUGUAA